CCUGCCCCCCCUCGUAUCAACAUACGUCCAACGCGCAAAAAUUCAACCCUAAGGCCCCCUUUUCUCUCUCGCUCGCUCUAAUGGCAGCAGAGCAAGAUGACACCGUUUUUGACCAGGACCUAGAAGUUGACGACGAAGAUGACGACGAUCAAUCUUCCCAAUCUCAAAACGACGAUCUUGAAGACGAUCUGGAAAUCGAAAACGAUGACACCUUGCCCGAAAAUGAUGACGUCUUAUCCGAAGAAUUACUCGAAGACGAUGACACCUCCACCUCCGCCGCUGUCACCACGGCCUCCAUCCCCGCCGUCACCACCACAACCACCACCACCACCAUGGUGGCCACUGAUUCCACACUUGAUGCAUCAAAACGGCAACGCGUUUCCCCUGAAACGACAGUCCUCUCCCAAGACUCGAAAAAACCGCAAUUUGAUGACACCAGGCGGUUAUUUCAACGAUUGUGGACUGACGAAGAUGAAAUUGAACUCCUCCAAGGGUUUUUAGAAUACACCACAAAAGGUACUGCUAAUCAUCACCAUAACGACACUGCUUUAUUCUAUGAUCAAAUCAAAUCGAAACUCCAACUCGAUUUUAACAAGAAUCAGCUCGUUGAGAAACUACGUCGUUUAAAGAAGAAGUAUCGUAAUGUUCUGAAUAAGAUAAAUUCUGGCAAAGAUUUUUGCUUUAAAUCCCCACAUGAUCAGGCUACUUUUGAGAUUUCGAGGAAGAUCUGGAGUUCUACAGGAAAAAUUGCGGGUUUUAGCAAUGAAGAUGGGAAUAAUUUGGAUGAUGAUGAUGGUGGAAACCCUAACUAUAAUAACCAUACUGUGAUGAUGGAUGGUGAUGUUGUUGUUAAAAUUGAGGAUCAUAAGUCUACUCCUAGAUCAAGAAAGAGGUCAAGAUCGCGAUCUGUUGGUGUGAAGAUGGAGGAGAAUCGUGUGUUGAAUGAUGGGUUUGUAGGGAAUGAGACUAAUGUUACUGGGGGUGGGGGUGGGACUGGGAAUGGGAAUGUGUCGAGUGUAAUUGAGGAGACGGUGAGGAGUUGCUUGUCGCCUUUAUUUAAGGAGUUGUCGAGUAAUAUGGCGGGAGCAGGAAUGGGUGGUGUUGGGAGGGGAGUUGGCAGGCUGGCGAUGAAUGCGACGCCAUUGAGUUUUGGAGCGGGAGAUGCGAUGAUGAUGGAUGAGAAGUGGAGGAAGCAACAUAUAUUGGAGUUAGAGGUUUAUUCCAAGCGGCUGGAGUUGUUGCAGGAUCAGAUUAGAGCACAAUUGGAUGAGUUGCGGUCGAUGGGUGAUUAGUUCGCCGAUGACUGUUUGGGAAUAAGAAGUUUUUUCUCUUGGUUAUUGAUUUAGGGUAGGGGAAGUAACUUUUUUUUUUUUUGGUUUUUUUGGGUCUCUUUUUCUUUGGUCUUAUAUAACUUUGAUAAGAUAGACGUUGAAUAAUGAUUUCAUAAUUUGUUUAGUGAUUCAUAGUUUGUUCUACUGUAGAUAUGGUUUCAUGCAUAGAUUGGAACGACUUUUUAGAAUAAAAGAUACAGGUUUUCUUCCU